AUGUCCACAAUGAAGACCAUCACCACUGGUGGUCGUGAGAGGGAAGCCUUCGAGAAGUGCUAUCGAGUCGGACCCGUCCUCGGGAAGGGAGGCUUCGGCACCGUUUAUGCCGGCACUCGACUCCGCGACUCAUUAGCCGUGGCCAUUAAGCACAUCAGUAAGGAUAAGGUGACGUCUUGGGAUGCGUGUUCUGGCCAUCGAUUACCACUUGAGAUAAGUCUACUGCGAAAAGUGGAUCACAUCUCAGAGCAGUGA